GGUGUGUGUUUGUGUGUGGUAGCUUGUGUAUGGCCCAAAAAGAGCAAUCAGUGUAGAGACAGGGAAGAACAAGAAUGAAGCAGGCGCGACAGAAGCAAAAAUAACUGCAACAGAGAGAGAAGUUGUCACAGGAGGGACGAUGGAAAAAACAACUGAGAGACAGAUACAAAGUCAACAAGGGAUCAAUUGAAACAAAAGGAAAGAAUCACUUCCAGGAAAAGUUUGGUCAAGACUCAUCUGACCCAGAACGGGAGCUUACUGGGGGCUCCUGAAUCGCAAUGGACUAUGAACCCAAGAAAUCCAAGAAGAGUUUCGUCUCACCUAUCAAGCGGCUCGUCUGGUCCAAAUCUGGCCGCAGGCCGGUGGAUCGAGGCAGCGUUUACCGCCGCCCGCUGCACACUGUCCCUCUCUAUCCCCCGGAUUACCUCAUUCACCCGGAGAGACUCAUCUUUGACUAUGUGGAGAAGGAGGUCAAGUUCCUUGGUCACCUGACCUGGGUGUCGGUUUCACUGAACCCCUCCAGCCGAGACGAGCUGCUUCAACUACUGGACACAGCCAGGCAGCUCAAGUUGCUUCCGCUGAAGACCAGCGUGGAUCAGGACUGCAUUCUGAGUCUGUCCGCUCGCUGUCUGCUGCUCACAUGGAGGGACAACGAGAAGCUGCUGGUGAGGAUUCCCACGCAUGAGAUCGCUGCUGCCUCCUACCUGAGAGACGACGCACUGCACCUGCUGGUCCUCAAGACAGGCCUGAACGUGGAUACAGUGGUUGCCGGGGACGACAGCUUGGACAGGAAAAAGCCAACAGGCGUGGAUGGCCGACGCCAAACCAUGAGCCACAACGCCGACCCCCGGCCUGCGGGGGGCACGAUGGAGCGACGGCACACCAUCUGUGGCGUCGACUGGAGGCCGUCGCUGUCCAGGAGUAACCACGACAAGAACCAGAAUGUAGAGAGAGGGGGUGGAGGAGGAGGUGGAGGAGGAGGAGGAGGAGGCGGGGGGAGUUUAGAGAGGAAGAGAGUUGGAGGGAGCUGGGAGAAGAGGCAGCAAACGCGCAAAACAGGAGGCAGCUGGGAGAACCGCAGGGCAAGACCCACGAGCGGCAGCUGGGGGGUGGGGGUGGGCGGCGGAGGGAGCUGGGAGAAGCGGCAAGGCGGGGGAGGCGGGGGGAGCUGGGAGAGGAGGGGGGGGGGCAGCGGCGGCGGGAGCUGGGAGCGGCGGCAGGCCUGCACUGGGAGCUGGGAGCGGGGGAAGAGCUACGGCAGCUGGGAGAGGAGGAACCACAAUCCCCUGGAGCCGACGCCCUGCCCCGACGCCUACUGCAACCUGGUGCUCCUGGCUGUGGAGAACAGGGAUGCUGCAGAGGAGUACUGUUCUCUGAUCUGCCAGAUGUUCCAGAUCAUUUACGGCCAUCAGACCAUCGAGUGUGUCGACAGAGCGGGAUUCCACCACUCCAUGCCAGACCGCUAUUGGCUGGAGAGGAGUGACAGCUGUCUGACUGACAUGUCCUACGGUUAUGAUCCGGAGUUUAGCUGCUGCAGCUCAUAUGACGGUUCCCAGGAAGCUUUCGAGCUCUACUACAGUGAAACGUACAGCGAGAGUUCAUCUCUGUCACCGCAGGACUCCCAUCGCAGCCUCGCCUCAGCCACUGAAGGAGGAGACAGUAACCCGGCCCUGGUGCUGAUGCAAGAGUACAUGAUUACUCUGCGUAACAAGCUGAGUCCGGUGGAGUUGCAGCACUUUGCAGUGUUGCUGAGGGAAUACAGACUCGCAUCGAACAUCGAUCACUUCUGCUCCGAGCUGCUGCAGCUGUACGGAGACAACCGCAAGUUCCUGCUGAUGGGCAUGCGUCCUUUCAUCCCGGACAAGGACGUCGGGGUGUUUGAGAGCUUCCUGGAGAGCAUCGGGAUCCGUGAGGGCGGCAUUCUAACUGACAGCUUUGGACGCAUCAAACGCAGCAUGAGCAACACAUCGGCCACGGCCAUGAGAGGGUAUGAUAACGGCUCUCUGGCUUCAGGAUCUCAGGAAUUCAACCGACGCAUUACUGACAUCACCCACGACAUCCAGGCCCUCGGCUUCCAGGACAAACAUGGAGACAUUGAGGAGGAAGACUACUACCUCUGAUGCAGGCUUGAACGAAAAAGGGAGGCCAAACGAAUCCUUGUCAUGUUCAGUUAGAACUUUGAAUCUGCCACGAUGCACCUGAGCAGGAGCAGCACAUCGGCAGUUUAUUUUAUGCCCAUUACUGGACAUUUAACCAGAAAUAUAAAAAUUUUACCGAGGCAGCUCUUUAAAUGUUGACAAUGCAAUUUCGAAUGAAAAUCAAAACACUAAUGAUUGUGUGUUCACGUGUAUCAGUAAUAUAAUUUUAUAAAAAUGUACCUCAAUGAAACUGAAUUUUCAUCCUCUGGCUAUUUUUUAAAUUGAAUCUUAAUUUGAUCAUCUCCGAAGAGCAUGAAAGAAAAAAAUACAUUUUUCAAAAGUAUUCAAUAAAGGAGUGAUGAUACCAUAAUAAGAGUCUGAGAAUGUAACUAAUUAGGAUUAAUGAAAUACAAUCUAAAUGUAUUUAAGAGAUAUAAAUGUCAUCCUUCCACCCCAGGAUCUACUUUGAAGAGAGGCUAUGUAACUAAAUUUGACUCAUGGAGCUUCUUUCCAGUUUGAUAUUUUCUGUAGCAGCUGUAAUACCCAUUAGUGACCACGUGGUGGCGACUGAGGAUGAGAGAGCGCCUCUCCAUCCCUGCUGAGCCAAAGGCUGGAUCAUUAGUUCGAAAUUCAAGCUUGAGGGAUGAAAUAACAUAGAGAUGGACUAAAAAAGAGACAGAGAGAUAGAUUGAUUGAUGGAUAUAUGAACCAUGUUAUUUGUAAAUGCAACAGCAAUGAUAUACAAGCUGACAUGAUCUUUAUGAAUGUGUUGGUGCCCCCCCCCACACACACACACACACUUUCCACACUCUCUCCCCCAAACAUGUAGUCUGUGAUACUAACACUGCAUUGACCCGUUAUCCUGGCAGCAUCAUCACGACCUUCCCAUGGUGCACUGCUUUGCUGUGUCCUCCCACACCCCCCCCCACCCCCCCCGGUCCUGUCGUCUGCCAGCAUGACUGAACAUCACAGCAGCCGAGUCAGUGCAGCCAUGGGCCUCCCCGAGUCAUGCUAGUCGACUCACCCUCAUUAUGUAAUAGAGCCACGCUGUGCACAUUCACUUUUUGACUCAUUUAUCAUGAACUGAGUUACUGAGUUUAAGAGCAGCAGUGAAACACAUGACGGUAGAAAUGAAAUAUUACCGAUAAAUGCAGGGCACUGGGUAAGAUGAGAAAAUAGAGUGCGAGAGAAAGCCGUAUGGAAAAUUAUGGAAAACUGUCUUUUUGGUUGAAGGAAGUUGGGCUUAUUGAAGGCAAUAAAAUUCUAGCUGCAUCUUGACCUGCUUCUAACGGUCAAAGGUCAUCCAAAUCCAUAACAAU